UGGGUCCUCCUCCUGCCCCCCCGGCGCUCCCGCCCUCGCACACUCCUCUCGCACCGCCGUCGGCCCGCCCGGCCUUGUCGGCACCUCGCCCGCCCGCCGCACGCACGGCCGCUCUGCCGCACGCCCACCGGCACCCCCCCACCAUGCUGCCGGCAUGGACCCCGGCGGCGGCUGCACGGCUCCUCUCGGCUGCUGAGUGCCCUCUGAGGUCCGCCGCAGGUAGCAGCGGGGCGGGAGGCGCUGAAGUGGUAUAGGAAGAGCAGAGGGGCGAGGAAAAUUAAUAAAUAAAUAAAAGAGGAGGAAAAAAAAGAAAAAAAAAGAAAAAAGAAAAAAAAAGAAAACUGAAAGAAAAGGAGGGAGAAAAAAACGCAAAAAAGCAAAAAGAAAAAAAAAAUAAAAAAGAAAGAAAGAAGGAGAAAAAUAAAGGCCACCAGCUCAGCCAAGCCUGGCUUUGGACAUCGGCGCAGGUAUCUGUGCUGCUGUGCUCAUCCUGCGCCGCCUCGGGUUUUUUUUUCGAAAGGAAAGGAAAAAAAGAAACGAACGGAAAGGAGAAGUGGAACUCUCAAAGGGUUACUAUGCAAUUGCGACUGAUUUCUUGGUUUUUUAUCGCUUUGAACUUUAUGGAAUACAUUGGCAGCCAACACGCCUCCAGGGUACGGCGACAGGGAAGAAUGCAUCCUAACGUGAGCCAGGGUUGCCAAGGAGGGUGUGCUACAUGUUCGGACUACAAUGGAUGCCUGUCAUGUAAACCCAGACUCUUUUUUGUUCUGGAGAGGAUCGGCAUGAAACAGAUCGGCGUAUGUCUUUCCUCAUGUCCGAGUGGAUACUAUGGGACACGGUAUCCUGACAUUAACAAGUGUGCAAAAUGUAAAGCUGAUUGUGAUACCUGCUUCACCAGAAACUUCUGCACAAAGUGUAAAAGUGGGUUUUACUUAAACAGUGGAAAGUGCCUUGAAAAGUGCCCCGAUGGGCUGGAAGCCAACAACCACACAAUGGAGUGCACUAGUAUUGUGCACUGUGAAGCUAGUGAGUGGAGUCCGUGGAGCCCUUGCACAAAGAAAGGAAAAACAUGUGGUUUCAAAAGAGGAAAUGAAGUAAGGGUCAGAGAGAUCGUACAACAUCCGUCAGCAAGGGGCAAUCCUUGCCCAGCUACAAGCGAGAGCAGAAAAUGUAUGGUACAAAGAAAGAGAUGUCAGAAGGAAGGAAAAGGGAAAAAAAACAGGGAGGAAAAAAGAAAAAAGUCCAACAAAGACGAAAGUAAGGAGUCAAGACAGGAAAGCAAAGGGCGAGCAGCCCGAAGACAGAACCGAGAGCAGAGGGAAAACAACAACAAAACGCAGCCGAAGAAGCGAAAAGCCCCCAGUAAAGAACAGAACCUGGCACCCGUCGACACUGCACAUUAACAGCCUUCCAUGAUUGUUUGAGUCUUAUGAUGCUGCUAACUCUACCAGAUCGCCCUGAUAGGUGCUCCAACCAUUCAGGCCGCAGAUGGACAAUGCUACCAGUUACUAUUAAACUUUAAACAACAUUCCAAAUACUUCCUAUAUUCUCCAAGCAAACAUAGUUUAUUAAAGAGAUUGAGAUGAGCCAAGAAAAAAGUCUAAUAAUGGGAUACUUUAGAACUGUUAUAUUAUAUGCUUCCGUGCAUCUGUAAAAGGCAAUUAAGAAAUUUUGUAUAUAUUAAUAAUAGGGUAUAAAAUAUAGCAAUAUAAUAAUGAAUGACAUUCAGAUGAACAAUGUUCUCUUUCUUUGUAAGAUAUUUUUCAAGUUAUUGUUUAAGUAUGAGGCAAGAGAUAUGUCUAAAUCAAAGACGUAAACCGUAUCCCUUCAUAUAUUGUACAUAACUAUUACGAGAAGGAGGAAAACAUUUCUGAAGAGCCAGGAGGAACCAAUGGUCCAUGCUCCAGAUGUGGAUGAGAGACACCAGGGGAAAGUCUGCAGGGCUUCAAGAGCUGAGGGAAAAGAAGCAGAAAUGUCUGCAGCUUUGAAGACUGAAUCCCUGAGGCAGAAAGUGACGGUGCUGAGCUUGAAUAGCGCUCUUAUCUGUGGGACAACAGAAUGUUUUCUGGUCUAAACAGUGGUACAGUGUGUGCUGUUUUAUGCUUUUUAUACCUAUGUGUAACUUAAAUCUACCUUUCAAAUCUUCUGGUGAAUGACAAAUCGUAUUUGUAGGAGACAAUGUUGAGUUAAUAAAAAACAGAGAAAUAGACCACGUAA